AUGAAGCUCGUACUUGUUUUCGUCAUCCUCUCUGCAUUGGCAUACACUACCCUCUCCGCCCCCGCCGACGGGUGUGAUGGUUUCCGCAUCACAUCGCCAACGGCGUCAGGACUCGUCUGGACCGAAGGCCAAUGUUACUCUGUGUCUUACGAUUUCGGAGCUAGUUCCGUUACGAGUGUCCAUGAAGUCGACCUCUAUACUUCCGGUGGGGCAUUCACCAAGACACAAUGGAGCGGAUCGUUGGGACCAGGAACGAUCGAUACCGGUUUGUUUAAUGUGGAGGCUAAUCAUGUUUCUGGCGACUAUCACUUUGUGCUGAAGGCAAAGACCUCUAGCGGUACUGAAUGUGAAUUCCCUAGCGUCAACUUCCAUGUUGACUUUAAUCCAAACAGUCCACCAGCACACUGUUAA